ACUGUGAACGUCGGACGGAACGGUCGUUGUUGCGGAAAACGGUCCUCCCAGUCGGUAUUUCUUCUGACACCUGGAUCAGAUAGUUUUUUCUUUCCCACUGCUGGCAAGAAGCUGUGCCCAAGGAAACCGUUGCAGUUCCCACGGGUGUUACGUAAAUCGGAAGAUAGACGUGUGUCGUUCUGGAUUGCAAUUGCCUGUAGGAUAGGCAGCACCGCGUGUUUCGUCACGAAAGACGAUUCCCACCGGGACCGAGACGCGUGAGAAAGUGCAAAAUCGGUGGCAGUGUGUCCGUGGGUCGACGGCGGGGUCAGUGAAAGUGAAGGAAGCCAGCUUGAUUAAGUGAUUUUCCUUUUGCGGUUCAUUUGAAAGCUCUCGGUGUGCGGUAAUUGGUGAUCUUGAUUCGCCGUUUCCCGGGUGGCUGCCAAAGUUCAGCGGAGAAGUCAAGUGGGACGCGUAUUACACGCUUGUUUGGAUUCGGUGAAGAAACGUGAAUAUAGUGAAGAGUGGGCGGUGAAGUGCUUUGCCGGUGUUGUGCGAGAAGCCUAACUUGCAGGCGUGAGUCUAUUUUCGGUGGGUGUCGAGCACGCUGAUGUUGACGCUGAUGGCGAGCAUGAAGAAUUUGGUGAUUCUCUGCGGACUGUUGCUGGCGCUGGUUGGAUCCGGAGUCGAGUCCAGAGCGGUGAACAUCAGCAACACCUGGACGCUGCCGGAGGACGGUUUCCCCGUCUUCUAUCGGUACUUCCGUGACAAAAUUUCCUGGUUCGAGGCGGACGCCGUGUGCCAGUUUCAUCACGCUAAUCUCGUCACAGUGGACAAUGGCGUGCAGUUCGAUGCGGCACGGGCCUUCCUCAAAGAGCUGGACGUAACCAAUCCGGUGUGGAUUGGGCUGAUGCGACCGGAGAACUCGGCGCGCUUCAUCUGGACAAACGCCAAAACACUAGACUCUUCCAGCGGAUAUUGGGCUGAAUCGCUGCCAGCCAUGGAUACCCCACUUUGCGCCGUAGUCGACCCAGUUCGAGACUUCCGUUGGCAUGCACUCCGCUGUGGCGGUCCAGAAACAGCGGCCUUCCUGUGUGAAUUGCCAGUUCCAGCAUGGGCAACGGACUGCACCGUAACGUCGAUGCCUUCGCUAACCGUGCAGUACAUGUCGGACAGUGGCGCGGUCCAGUUGGCUCGCGAUUGCGGCGAACAGGGCACCCGCCAUAUGUCGUGUCAGAGUAAGCUGGAUCGGGACACGAUCCUGCAGCAGUUGCAGUGCAGCGACCAGGAAAAGGAUCCAGCUCAGGCCACCGAGAACAACAAGCUACCGGAGGAAGUAGUGGCGACUCCGAAACAGUCAGCAGCGCGGACUCCAUCGCCGCAAAUUUUGGAACAAGACAUACUGACGGUGGUUUCCAAUAAUGACGAGGAUAACAACAUCAACGUCAGUCCGCACCAAAUUGAGGAUACGGUGAAGAACGUUAUCAGCCAGCAGAAUUACAAAUCGAUGUAUGAUGACGAAAUGGACGGGGGGCAAGUUAGUGAAGCGAUGAAGUUGGGUUCUUUGAAGUAUAAGCUGAUGUUCGACAAGAAGGAUAAAUUUGAGAAGAAAGGAGAUCGAAAGGUAGAUGAAGAAGAAGAGUUGAUGAUGGGUGAUCAGCCGGAUGAAACGGAGGCACAGCCGAUCGAUAUAGUUCAACAGGCGGUUAAGCCAACGGAGGGAGAUUCUGACGAGAGCUCAACCUAUGGAGAUGUUGGACGAUCGUCGGUUGACGUGGCGGUGUCCAGUGAAACCGUAGUGGUUGAGAGCACCACGGUUGAUUCGAGGUUGCGUCGAGCUACCGAUGGAGAAGCCACAGAAACAACCGAAGCGGCCACCACGAUGGAAGCUUCCACAACGCCUGUGACGACUACUACUAUGGAACCUACGACGAGCAGCACCGGUAGUCAUAUUCUUCCGACAACGCCCAAGAAGGAAAUCUCCGGCAUUGGAGACCACUUCAUACCACCGAUGCUGAUGGUGAAGGCAAGAUUUACUUCCACGAGAGCCCAUGUUGAGACUUCAAGCACUACGGAAAUUGUAACGGAAACAUCAGAGCCAUCGUCGCCGAGUACGGUUGCUCCGCCUUCGACUACUGAUGAGAUAAGUACCGCUAUUCUAACAGAAGAAACUUUUGCGGUGUCCGAUAAUGUGAGCGAAAUCCAGAUUGUAGAACUCGAUGUCAAAGCGUCUUCCCUGGAAACUUCUACUUCUACGGAAGCGGACCUUACAACUGCUCACCACGUUGUUGAUAUAACGUUCGAGGAUAACGUUAGUUCUAAGCUUGGAAGCAUUAGUGUUACUACGCGCCCGUUUACAGUCGAUGAGUUACAAUCAUCGUCCACUGCAGAGAACACAACCGGUGCUCCACAAACGACACCAUCCGCCGCAGCCUUGUCGACUGCCACCACUCCUACAACAACUUCAACAGUUGCUCCUUCAACAACGACAACUCCUCCUGAAAGCUCAACCACGAGCCUUCCCAUCACGACGCUGAAACCCACCACCGUUCACGUAACCGAGCAUGAGCUGCACCAGGAUCUCGAUACGGAGUCCGCUGACACCUCCGCGACCGAUGAACACGAAGACGAAACCAUCAAUCAGCAAAAUAAGCUGCACAACAGCUUCUCCAACGUUGAAAACUAUCAACCGUACAAACCGAACCGGCACCGCAGCCUAUCCAAGCCGGAAGUGCACAACAGCCGCGGCAACUACAUCAAGAAGAUUCUCGGUUGAAGUCGGUAGGAGGCCCUGAUGCGGCGAUUGCCACUGACUACGGUUUUCGGUUGCUUCCCGGCGGGUGCCGUCAUGCGCACCCCACGCACCUAGCAGGCGGUUAUUUUUAUUUUGGAAAAUGUUCAACAUUAAACAAUAGGAAAGUAGUAGGUCAUGAAAAUAGAGGGGCGAGUCGGCAGAAAACUGAAAAUUCUCUUCCCAUUUCCAAAACGAGUCUUCAAUUUCCUCAACAAGAAAAAAAAAUUGGUAGCAUCCGACGCCUGCGGUAGGCAUCCGUUUGAACUUUUGAUGACAAUUCAUAGUAUAUAAAAUUAUUUUUAUUCUAAACCUUUAAAUAAUAUUAGAAAGCAAAUGCUACGUAGAGUAGAUCUCCUAUUUUAGGUUCUUAACAAAACUUGAUGAAUCAAUCUUUCACAAACAGAUUAAAUACAGUUAGAGUUAAACUUUUAAAGAAGUAACAAAACAAAAAGAAACACGUUGCCAAUCAUUUGAGAAAUUAAAAUUAAACGAAAUAAAGUAUAGACAUAUAGAAAAGCAAUUAGACAAGUUGUAUGAUUGACAAACUCUAAUUCAGGAUCUGUUCCAAUUUGAGAAUUGUUAAACACGUGGCGACGCAAAAUUUCAUCUAGUUAGCAAAGCUAUUUUGUCAACUGUUAUCGACAUAUCUAUUGGAUGCAGCAACAGACUAGAAACAAAAUUUGAAUUUAAUUCAGAAUUUAUUCAUCAAUCAAUGAAAGCUACUCUUCAAUAAAGUUUAUUUUACUUGAAUCAGUGCAAAUUUGCUACAUGAUUUUUACUUUUUUCGCAUACAGAGACAGACGCAUCAAUACAAUCAAACAUUCAUUUGGUGGACAUUCCAAAGAGUUUCGUCAAUUGGAACAGACCUUCGAUUUACUCAUCCUUAGCAGUGUAGUCAAACGUACACACAGAACAACACAAAAACACUAUUCAGCCAUUAAGUUGAAUUCGACUGAAAUCAUGUGCUGAAGAUUUGCGAUAGCAAGUCAAAUGUUAAAAUCGAAGCACACGACGGUGGAACAGCAGUGAACGGACAGAAAAAAAUAACAUGAAGAACACUAGAAGUAAUUACACACACACACAAUCUUUCCGCACAUGCAAAACUCUCAUAAAACUUAACGUGGUUAGCUGGUAAGGCAUUUACUGCUGUAAGGAGAUGAUUUUAAUAAAAAUUGAUUGAAUUUCA